AAAUUGUCAAACUAUUUUGACAGAUGAUAGUUUGUAUUCCAAAACACAGCUUAUUUUUUUUUUUCAUUAGCAGCGGGGUUGAAAAAAGUGUGAUAUACAAGAUGUUCGUUCAACAGAUGUUUGCGCGUGUUACAUUUUUUCCAUCGUUAGUGUAUAACGUUUUUAUGGAAAAAGUAACUGCACGACAAUGGUAUAAUCGUAUUGAUGAAAAUGUUAUACUAGGAGCGUUACCAUUUCCAACAAUGACCAAACAAUUAAUCGAAGAGGAAAAUGUACGAGGCGUUAUAUCAAUGAAUGAAAAUUACGAAUUGUGGUUAUCAAAUAAUGCGCAGAAAUGGAAUGAACAUAAUGUAGAAUUUUUACAAUUAGCAACAACAGAUAUUUUUGAAAGUCCAAAUCAGGAGAAAUUAAAGGCUGGUGUUGAGUUCAUUAAUAAAUUUGUUCAACGAAAUAAAACAUUAGAUAGACCAGAAACUGUUUAUGUGCAUUGUAAAGCUGGACGAACACGUAGUGCAACUUUAGUAGGAUGUUAUUUAAUGAAACGAUAUGGAUGGGGGCCGGAACAAGCUAUCGAACAUAUGUUCCAUAAACGACCGCAUAUAUUAUUGCAUAAAGCGCAACGGAUGGCUUUAAAUGAUUUUUAUGAAAAUAUUAAAUUGUAGGAUUAAAAAUUGAAUGUAUUUUUUUAUUGUUAAGUAGAGCAAUUUUUUUAAACUGUACAAAAUACAAAUAAAUAAG